UAUAUAGGUGUUGUCAAUCGUAGCCAGCGUGACAUAGAUGGCAAAAAGGAUAUCAAGACGGCUUUGGCUGCAGAGCGCAAAUUCUUCCUUAGCCAUUCUUCCUAUCGUCACCUGGCAGAUCGGAUGGGCACGCCUUACCUGCAACGAGUGCUUAACCAGCAGUUGACUAAUCACAUACGUGAUACCCUACCCGCCCUACGAAAUAAACUCCAGUCUCAGAUGCUCUCCAUGGAGAAGGAAGUGGAGGAAUUCAAAAACUAUCGACCAAGCGACCCCUCCUUUAAAACAAAAGCUUUGCUACUGUGA